AUGGUCGUCGCAAACGUAAUGUAGUAGUAUACCGGUUAAUUUCACAAUCAGACCACAAAAAGAAAGAGAAGCAAAAAGGAAGGCAAACAAAAAAUAAUAAUCUACAAAGCAAUGAGGAUACAACUGAACAAGUGGGCGUAAAACGUCAACGUAGACUUACAAACAGUAAUGAAAAAAAAUUACUUGAAGACAUACUUAGAUUUGAUACCUUCCCUGAGGAUAAAGCAACUGAAAUUUUAAAACAGCUACAAGAUCAUGAUAAUGACUGGGACAUGCAACGUGUUCGAAUAUAUUGGAAUAACAAUCGUUAUAGCAAACGAAAAAAAGUUUCUAUAGAUCUAUAA